AUGGAGUCCGACUCUUAUGCGCGCGCAAAGUCCGGUAGACGUCACACAAUCGCUCCAAUCGACCCGCCUCAACUCGCACCUUCAACAUCAGGGGCUUCCAAAACAAACUCUGCCACCGCGACCGACAGAACACAUCCACUACACAGCCCAGCAACCUCUGACACCGUAUCACCUUCUCUACCUUCCCAUUCAAAUCGAUCUUCGACGAUAUACGAACAACAUGGGCCCACGACAGACCGGCAGUCGAAGCGGCUCUCACUAAAUUUUCCCAUCCAGCCGCCUGAUUCGCGACCCAGGCCGCAAUCAUGGAUGUCUACAGCUACACCUGUCCUGCCCUCUCCAGAAAUACCCGAACCCUUGCCAUCGCCGACAUCUGGCAAUUUUCUUACCUCCCUGGCUGCACAGGAACGACGCGUUCUCGAACUGAGAGAAGAGUUGCACAAGGCAGAGAGUCAGUUAGGAUCGCUUAAGAAACAAUGGGCGCUGCAUGAAGUGCACCGAAAGCGAACUGAAGUCCGCACACGAACGCAGUCUUUACUACCACUCAAUACAUUACUAUCGACUGUGCCCAGUCCAGUCGACGACUCCGAUGGGCAGUCGUGGAUGCAGAAAGAUUUGGAAAGACGUCGGACUCUAUUGAGUGCUCCGAAACAGCCGACGAGAACUGUCUUUAGUGGAUCAAGACAUACCCGACAACUGUCAUUGUUGUCGCCAGAUACCAGCUUCACACCAUCCUUUCGACAGCCGUCUGACCUUCUUGACGACAAGCAAGAGACUUCAGAUUCCCUCGUUCAGCCGCUCACAAGGUCUUUAACUGUCUCGGAUGUGCCGAAACAGCAGAAAGUGUCGGAUGACGGGUUCGAUGCGGCGAACGCCCAGGGAGAAGCAAUUCUGCGGCAAGGGAAGAAAAUGGCCACCGACUUCAAAGACGGCCUCUGGACCUUUAUUGACGAUCUUCGUCAAGCCACUGUUGGCGAGGAAGCAGCCAACACUCCUCAGUCUCGAACAAAGCAGAGCACCCAAACGUCCAGGAACAAUCGUCAGUCCAACAAAGGGAACAUGAACGGCCCAAAGAAUGGCGCUACAAUCAGACCACAGAGUUGGGCACCCCAGAAGACCAGCAGUGACGCGCUGAUCGACAUUGGAGGGUCAUUUUGGAAAGAGCACGGUCUUGACGAACCCAAAACCUCUGGGUUGAAGAAGAACAACGCGGCAAAACACAUGAUCAGGACACCUCAGAAGUCGGUGCACCAGGCAGUAGACGACCAGGGCGAGAGCUGGGACUCAUGGGAGACUCCGAAUGAGAAACACAUUGGGCGGCUCAGCAGCAAUGACUCGGGGUCCGAGGGCCGCAGCACACCACGGUCAGCUCGCAGCACGCCUCGGACUAGCACAAGCUCAACUGGCGACGUGACCACCGUCCAAACGCCAGUCCAUGGCCGUAACGACUCGAUAACAUGGCCGACACUAGACAAGCUGUCGCCGACAAAUCUGAAGAGAACAGCUUCGCACCUCAUGCGAGAGUGGGAAAAGAGCCUCACGCCGACAGCAGAGUCGCGGGACGAACCAUCUACAGGCGAGGAUGUCGACAGAAGUGUAGCUUGUAACACUGGUCCAUCCAGGAAGGCCGAUUGA